UCUCCUCCCUUCUCUCUCUUCUGCGCCUGUGCAAUUUGCCAAUCUUCCUGCGUCAGCUACAGCAUUGCGCGGAGCUCAACAGGGGAUCCCGCAAUUAUAGAUCCCCACUGUUUUUCUUUAUUCCUCUCUCUCACAUCUUCUCCUUCCUCGCUCCACAUCAUUCAGCCAUUCAUUAUCGUGGGGUUCUCUUUCUCUCUCUAUAAGACGCAUUGCUCCCUCUCCCUCCCCCUUUUGGCCCUCCGUGCGCUCCAAAGCUCGCUCCUUUGAACCCCGCGCGAGCGAGACGGGGAGGUGGGCAGCCAGCUUUUCGCCUUUCUCGAACUGGGUCGGCUCCCUUUUUUCGCCUUCCGCCUCCCAGAUCUCGCCCUCGCCCCCUCGCCGGCGGCCGGGCAAAGGCAAAGGCAAAGGCAAAGGCCGAGUCUUUUUGAUCGGCCGGUGAUGCUCUGCGGCUGACGUGGGCCGCUCCUCCCCGGUUGCGCUGCCCGCAUGGAUCCGACGAAGAAGCCGCGGGAGUCGUCCUCGUCGACGGCGUCGGCGGCGGCGGCGGAGUUCCCGGACGAGGUGCUGGAGCGGGUGCUGGCGCUGCUAGCCUCGCACAAGGACCGGAGCGCCGCGUCCCUCGUGUCCAAGGCCUGGUACCACGCCGAGCGGUGGUCCCGGACGCGGGUCUUCAUCGGGAACUGCUACUCGGUGACGCCCGAGAUCGUCGCCGGCCGGUUCCCGAAGAUCCGCAGCGUCACGCUCAAGGGGAAGCCCAGGUUCUCGGACUUCAACCUGGUGCCGCAGAACUGGGGGGCCGACAUCCGGUCGUGGCUCACGGUCUUCGCGGAGCGGUACCCCUUCCUCGAGGAGCUGCGGCUCAAGAGGAUGACCGUGACGGACGAGAGCUUGAAGUUUCUGGCCCUGAAAUUUCCAAACUUCAGGGCUCUCUCGCUCAUGAGCUGUGAUGGGUUCAGUACCGAUGGUCUUGCGGCCAUUGCGACUCGCUGCAGGAAUUUGACUGAGCUGGAUAUACAAGAGAAUGGCAUUGAUGAUAUUAGUGGUGACUGGUUGAGUUGCUUCCCUGAGAACUUCACAUCUUUGGAAGUGCUGAACUUCGCAAGUCUAAAUAGCGAUGUUGAUUUUGAUGCUCUUGAGCGGCUUGUAAGUCGGUGCAAUUCACUGAAGGUCCUUAAGGUUAAUAGAACUAUUUCACUAGAUCAGUUACAGAGGCUGCUUGUCCGUGCUCCUCGGUUAACUGAGCUCGGUACUGGCUCGUUUUUGCAAGAGCUUAAUGCUCACCAGUACUCAGAGCUUGAACGAGCUUUUGGUGGCUGCAAGACUCUACACACGCUCUCUGGACUAUAUGAAGCUAUGGCACCAUAUCUCCCAGUUCUAUACCCGGCCUGUGCAAAUUUGACUUUCCUGAAUUUAAAUGAUGCUGCUUUGCAAAAUGAAGAACUUGCCAAGCUUGUUGUUCACUGUCCAUGUCUUCAGCGCCUCUGGGUACUUGACACUGUGGGAGACGAAGGGCUGGGAGCUGUUGCGCGGAGUUGUCCACUCCUAGAGGAGCUUCGGGUCUUCCCGGCCAACCCUUUUGACGAGGAAGUUAAUCAUGGUGUUUCCGAAUCAGGGUUUCUUGCCAUUUCAUAUGGCUGCCGGAGACUUCACUAUGUACUCUACUUCUGCCGUCAGAUGACAAAUGCAGCUGUAGCCACAAUUGUGCAGAACUGCCCUGAUUUUACACACUUCCGUCUUUGCAUAAUGAACCCAGGGCAACCUGAUUAUCUGACAAAUGAACCUAUGGACGAGGCUUUUGGUGCAGUUGUGAAGAGGUGUACGAAACUCCAGAGGCUUGCUGUUUCAGGUCUCCUAACUGACCAGACAUUUGAGUAUAUUGGGACAUAUGCUAAAAAUCUGGAAACGCUUUCUGUAGCUUUUGCUGGAAGCAGUGACCGGGGGAUGCAGUGUGUGCUGAGGGGUUGUCCAAAGUUGAGAAAACUUGAAAUCAGGGAUUGUCCAUUUGGUAAUGCAGCUCUUCUCUCGGGAUUGGAGAAGUAUGAGUCUAUGAGGUCGUUGUGGAUGUCGGCCUGCAAAGUGACAAUGAAUGGGUGUGCGGUAUUGGCUAGGGAGAGGCCUAGAUUGAAUGUUGAAGUAAUGAAGGAUGAGGAGAGCAGUGAUGGUCAGGCAUAUAAAGUUUAUGUUUACCGCACUGUUGCUGGACCAAGGAGAGAUGCCCCACCUUUUGUUCUUACUCUCUGAAGUGAUUAUUUCAAGAGACAUGUACAGAAUGUGUGCCAUCUGCAUAUGUCUGACUGAAGUGGAGAGUGCUGGUGACCCAUGAGUUCAAGUGAACAAAUAUCUCAAAAGAACUUGAUCUUUGUGCUGCCUUUAUCUCUACAGGCAUUUGUUGCUAUGUGAAUUUGUCUGAUUGAAGUGGGGAGCACCGGUGCAGAGAGUCUGAGGGUGUGGAAUUCACAGAAAGCUCGAACAUUCUGUUACCUAUGUUUCUGCGGUUCAGCUAAUUCCAGAUUGUGAAGGCACACAAAAUGGAUAAUCUGGUGGGAAAAACAACGUGUAGUGUCUGCCUCCAUUUGCUUGAAGGUGCUGGAAAGCGUAUGAUGCAGUCGGUGAGAUGGAGUUCAAAAGAAACACCAGAGAUCUGCCAAAUGUCUCGAAGCAUCGGCCGACAGCUCGGGGACUUGAACCCAUGAAAUUUUCCCCUUGCAAGCGCAUCAAUCUCUGCAACAUUCUUCAUCAAUUGCAAGACAUCAUCAACAGCUGGGAGAAAAGAUGAUGAUUUUCCUGAUGUUUUGACUCAUCUUUCCCUGGUGACUUCCAUCCACAGCAAUUGCAAGGAAUCCUUUAUGGAUCUCUCGCUUGCAAUGUAUGAUCGCGAAGUUAUACUUAUACUUGAGUGAAGAUAGCUGCUGGUGCAGUUGUAAUGGAAUAUGAAAGAACAAGGGUCGGGUUCCGAGGCGCUGGUGGUGGCGUCUAAUAUGUUUCUUCUCAAUUAUCUAUUCAAAUCGCUGGAUUCUACAUCUGUGUGAGACCUUUUCCAUUUAUGCGGACGACAUAGACAUUUCCACGAUUUGGAGGUUUUGGUGAUUCAGAUAAUGUCUCUGUAUUGAGAUCGAGACUGUCGACUGUUCUUUUUUUGGCUAAGUUGUCAACUGAAUUGUAUGAUGACAUUUGCAGCCGGAAGCAACCACAAGUGAUUACGCAAUCAUUCAUGUGUCAAGUUUGAUUUUUUUACUAAAAAAGAAUAAAAGUUUUCAAUUUUCAUAUA